CACAUCAACACAGGAGUGACUGGCCCUGAGUUUACUACACAUGCGGAAAACAUAUGACUGUCCCUGUGUUGCAACUCCAGGACCAACAGGCACAUCACUGGGCUACGAGGACAACAGGGAAGUGUUGCAUAACCUAGUUGUUGAGUGCAACAUGGUGACCACCAAUGGGACCAUCCCAGCCAGCCUGUCCAGAGCACUAUGCCAAAGACAAAAUAUCGAUAACACGGAUACCUCUAACUCUCGGACUCACCCCACUGCAAUCCACUCAUCCUUCAACUCUUUGAGGGAUGUAGAGCCAAUAGUGUUUGCCAUCCAGAGAGGAGAUGCUCAAACUGUGAAUGAGAUGUCAGUGGCUGCACCACUCAGCCUGAUGAAAGAGAACAAAGACGGAUGGAUACCUUUGCAUGAGGCUGCAUAUUAUGGCCAAGCUGAAUGCAUUAAGGCACUGAUGAAAGCCCAACCAGGGUCAGUUGACAAGCGCACCCUCCAGGAACAGACUGCUCUGCUCCUGUCAGUUUCCGGUCAGCACUUGUCCUGUGUGCAGUGUCUUCUACAGGCAGGGGCAGACCCCGACAUCAGCUGCAAGAACAAAGAGACCCCCCUAUACAAAGCAUGUGAGCGGGAGAACGUGGAAAUAGUGAGCCUCAUCCUGUCAUUCGGGGCCACAGUGAACCAGAGGUGUAACCGGGGCUGGACAGCACUCCAUGAGGCAGUGUGCCGGGACAACAUGGAGAUCUGUGAGAUGCUGGUUAGGGCAGGAGCCACCAUUAACCCUCCUAAUACCUACAGCAUCACACCACUAAUAGUAGCAGUCCAGCAAGGACGUGUAGAUGCCCUACGGUACCUCAUUAGGAAAGGUGCUGACAUUAACAUGCAGACAUGUGACGGUGCUACAGCCCUGUAUGAGGCCAGUAAAGAUGGCCACAGGGAGAUAGUGGAGCUGCUACUAUCUCACAACACAGACGCCAACAAACCCACCAAGACAGGACUCCUACCUUUACACAUUGCUGCUCAGUAUGGACACCAUGAGAUUGUGUCCCUGCUAGUCCCGGUCACCAGUCGGGCCAGAGUUCGCCACAGUGGAAUCAGCCCCCUCCACCUGGCUGCAGAGCACAACAGGGACAUGGUCACAGCCAUACUGCUCAAGACAGGAGCCGACGUCAAUGCCACACUAUCCCACAAUCGCUCCAUGCGGUAUUCGGAUCACCGCACCACACCACUUUACUUUGCCAUUGCCAAUGGGAGCAGUAAGACAGUAGAAAUGUUACUGAAAGCUGGUGCUAACCUGAGCCUGGACCCAGUCAACCCUCUACUAGCAGCUGUAAGACACGGUUGUGCCAGGAUUGUCUCUCUACUGCUGGAGCAUGGGGCCGAUAUUAACACAAGCAUCCCAUCCUGUCCUACCACCUUCCCUGGUGCUAUUGUACUUUGCCUGAAUAACAUACCUCUUCUCAAGUGCCUUUUGGAUAAGGGCUGUGAUGCCCAGGCCUGCUUCAGAUGUGCUUAUGGUUGCGGCCCACAUCCAGCACAGGUCAGCAUGGGCAGCAUAGGUGUUGACAUCAGCAAAUGCACCAAUGACAUGUCUCUUCUAACCUGCACAGAACCUGCUGUCAGCAAAGUACAGUUUUGUGAGUUGAUCUCAUCACCAUCCAUGUGUAACUGGGAAGGGCCUGUCAUAGACUUGCUGCUGGACUAUGUUGGUAAUGUUCAACUGUGUGCCAGACUCACCGAGGUCCUGGGCGGCCGGCGAGAAUGGCCCAGCAUCAAGGCCAAGUCAUUGUCAUCCCGUCCACUGAUGCACCUUUGUAGGUUAAGGAUCCGUGAGCAGGUGGGUGUGUCCAGGCUCAGGUCUUUGGAUAGACUACCCCUCCCAGACAGACUGCUGCAGUAUCUCAGCUUGCCCAGACACAGCUUUGAUGACUUCUGCCCUGAUGGCAAAUAAGGCUUAUCAGUGACCUGUGUUGUGCCUUAUAGUAUAUUACCUGUUUACAUGAGUUUCUGCGUUAGUAAUUAUUACUUGAUAGGGUAAAAUGUGUGUAAUGGCAAACUAUGUGUGUGUGUGUGUUGUUUGCACAUAGCAUGUGUGUAUGGAAGUGAGCUGCAGUUCUGAGUGGAUGGGUUGACAAAUGACAACAGAUAGCCUAAAGCCACAGCAGUUGAUAAUCUCUGAAGAAGUGCAACGAAACUGAGCUUAAAUGAAACUCAAGGUAAGCUUUUAAAAUACCUGUGUCAUUUAGAUGUUUAGGCCCAGGCAAACAAAUGCAGACAAUCAGUUUGAUGGUUCAUGGGAUGUACUUGUAUAUUCAGCGCUAAUUUUGUAAUAUGCUUUUAAAGUGUGUUUUCAACAGACCUUGUGCAAUGAGUGUAGGCCUAUAUAAUAGUCCAGUUGUUGUUGUAAUGUACUGUAAAUGUUGGUGCCAAAAUGUAUGAUCCUGUAUUGGAAAAGGUGCUGGAACCAAAGACAAAAUCGAAA